AUGGCGACUUCCAAACAGAAUUCCCUUGUGGCUGUGGGACUGAUUUUGUCCUUAGCAGUGCAGCUCACGGGUGCUCAACAUGCAUGUGCACAUCGUCCAGAGUAUGAAAUGCUGACAGGGGCAGGUGAGGGUCUGAAAAUCAAAAUCAAUGUCAAGGAAAUGCGCGAACAUCUUCUGCGUUUAACGCUUCCCAAUGAGCCGGCGUACAACGAAGCUAUGUACGGGGCCUAUCUAUAUGAGGAGAUCGGCUGUGGAAUGCGUCAGGCUGAACAUGGUUGCGGACUGGCGGCACUAGGUGGUGAAAGCAAGUUCUGGGAUGAGAUUAGUGAGGAAUAUCGUAUUUCGCAAAAUGUUCGAGAUCCAGACUUCUUAAAGUCGAUUGAAUCACGCACAAAAACAAAUGCUAUUGGUGAAGUACAAGAUACUAUACUUGCUCCCGGAAUGGCCGCUGCGGAUGCUCAGGCCGCUUGGGUAUGGGGCUGGAAUACUAAUAACACUGACCGGCUCGAUCAAGAGAAAUGGUGGCAUCACGGCUGUCCCGAUCUAUGUGUUGAUAUGAGUCUCGAGUGGGAAAAGUACGAUUCCAACACAUUGCAAAAGGAAUUCGGACUCCGGCGAGUUGGUCAUACAGUGUCGAAUGCUGGUCAUAACUCAGUCUCCCACGGCGUGAAGCAAGCCAAUACAAUUGCCUACCCAAGUGACAGGAAUGCCUCAAAAACUUCGAAAGUACCUGGCGUAGUCAACCAUCCCUAUAUUGAAGACGACAGUUUCUCCAGAAACACAUCCUCGAGCGCUACCAAUGUAAUAUCCUAUACCACUGGUGAUUCGUCACGUCUUUUCACGAUCGUAGACGCCGUCACCGGCGAAGAGUUGGCCGCGUCAUAUAUGGAGGCAGCUACACAGCAGUGGUUUUUGGAGCUACCUAUCUACGAGCCAAGUGAUGAAGUUACUGAAAGUUGGAGGGAGGACUUACUCAUAACAUCCCGACGCGACCUACAUAAUUAUGGACCGUAUCAAUCCAAGAUAGCCAAUUUGCUCAAAUAUGACUACAACGAUUAUUACGAGCUAACCAACGACGGCUUCAUGUUCCGCUUUUACGAGACGGCCAAUCACACUAAGCCAUUUGUUCCAAGUGCCGACUUCUACAUCGUUCCUGGUGGUACACAGAGGCCUGCACACACCGGCCAAGUAUAUUCAUUCGACAAUUGGAAUCGUUAUCAAGACCACGCGUUUUACAAUGUUCAGGGAGGGCUGUUCAAGAAAACUGAUGCCGAAGGUGACAGUUUCAACCUCAUAGCCAAGUACGUCGACCAUCGUGACGGGGUGUGCGAUUUUAGUGAUUUUGUAGAGAUUAUACCCGAGCCUCUAAACAAUGACGAAGUUGUCAUCGUUCCAACACAUCGUGGCAAGGACAUUGGAUUGUCGGCUGUUCUUGAUCGCAGCGAUGAGCAGGAUGGGUUGAUAUACGAGGUGACCCGUACAACAGAGAUACCCGCCAACAGUGCGGGAACACUUCUGCUCGACAACGUGAACGUGGGCGGUCUCUUAGGUGAUACUAAUGCAGUUGUCUCGGAUCUGGGUAACUUUCCAAAUAUCACUAUCAGCGUCAGCCAACCAAAGGUUCGCAUGAGUGUCAGUGAGGUAACAGAUAUCGAUGGGGCGGACAACAUAAUAGUGUUGUCAGAACAGAUUCGCCUGCACGAGAUCAGCAAUCCCAGUGUAUACCAGGAAAAUGAUGAUGGUUCGAAUCACACCGCCUUCCCGCUAUGGGACACCUGGGCGUGGAUGACGCCGAUGAAUGCCAUCACCCGUGCCGAGGCCGAAGCUAUGGAUCUGACCGUGAAUCAAGCCUUACUCAAUACUAUGCCGGGAUUUAACUACACUUCAUGGGUAGUGAAUACAAACUCGAAGCUAUACCAGCAGGACCUUAGUCUUGAAGAGCGCGUGAAUCUCGCGGAAUUGGACAUCAACUACAUCAGGGAACUUACACUUGCCCAGCGAGAGGAACGGUUCUCAUUGGCAGCGUAUGCCAGGGGAGACGACCCCGAGACUAUCAUUAUUUGGUGGGGUAUCGAUACUGAGCGUAAUCUCAAUGUGGUGCCUACCUACUCCAAAAUGGCGAAUAAGAAUAGUGCCACAUCCGGUUACUUCCUCUACUACCCCAAUAUGAGUGAGUUGAAUCCACUUGUGUGCGACAAGGGCGCAACUCGCGGCAGUGAAUUCGCCCCGUACAUGGAGACUCAUCACUAUGUUGCCAAACAUUCUGGUGACUGGUACAAGACUUAUAAGGUCGAUACGAACGCACCAACAACAGUAACCGCUACACUGACUGUAACAAUGGAUUACCCGCCAUCGGCCGAGCACCCCGAGGGCCACAAGACUGUGUCCACGUUCGAAAACUUUGCCAUGGAUGGGGACAGUAUUGACUUUGUUGACUCCGCAGCGAAGCUGACAAUUAAAAAGACGGGCAGUGCAGCAUUCUCUGUGGCCGAGCUGGUCGGCCAUUCUGCAAUGCAGGGCUUAGCUGAAUUUGGUGUUCUUCGCCACGGCAACUAUAAAGGAGAUUUUGGCGAUGACUACAAAUGGAACGUUUUGACCCCUGCACUCGGUGACAUCCAUCAAAACUGUGGAGGCGUGGCAUACGACAACACUCUAUUGAUUGAUUGCGAUGAAGCUCAAUCGCAGUGCUACGAGAACAAUCCUGGAUACCUACGUCAAAGACUCGCUCAAUCGGCGCCGUUUAAUGCGACUUUGUUAAUUGGCGAUGUUGUCGAUGCAGAUGGCAACACUAUGCACAGAAUCCGAUUUGUUGAAGAUGGGUCUGCUCUCGAGCUCUAUCCUAAAGCCGAUCCACUCACAUUCACAAACGCUUACCAACUGGCAAUCACCUUUCCAGGCUUCAGUAUCCAGGAUGAGCAGGGGCAGGUUGGCUUGCAAUCUGAUAUGGGUUUUGAUGUGGCAGUGACAGUCAUUCCUGCCACCGACGGGUCUACUGUUUCAGGAUUUCUCACUUUUGCAAACGACAAUGCUGACGGCAAAUCUUGGGGACCAUUCGAUAUCAGCCUCAUGUGCAGUAUUACUAACGCCCAGACAGGUGCGAUUAGCGAGCCCGUAGAGAUCCAUACCGUUGAAGGUGUCAUGGUAGCACCGAAUAGCCAAAAAUCGAGCACACUCGAUUUCAGUCUGAUUUCGAGUGGCAUGGCAUCUUUGGUCGGGGACACCAUGAUGUGCAAAGUAGUUCAAUCCAUCGAAAGCGAGAUUGGCGAUGCGGACUCCAAGAUUUCUACCACAAUCUCAAGUGUCAGCGUGCCACUCUUUGUUUAUCAGGAUGACUCUAUGACAGAACCUGAGUUGCUUUUCAACGAACCGUGCCUCAACAGUCAGUUAACUGCUAGCGAUACCGGCACACAAGUGGCGUGGGAGCACGAGGGAAAAGUGUAUUGGGAUGAUUUUGGCGAUAACAGAUUGACAUGGGGCAAAGUAAUUGUAACCACUACCACAGAUACGCCUCAUGAGUUCUCUUACACUGCUCGGUGCGGUCACGUUGGGCCAAUGCCGUACCGCUUCACAAUGCACGAACAAAAAGAUAGACCGAGUAACUUUAACUUUUUGUGGUUCCAUGACGAGUAUGCACCGGCACCAACCUUUGUCAAUGGUAUUGGAACGAAAGAGGUAAACCCCAUCGAUGGCCGCAUGCAUGUGGUGAAGGAAGUCGCUCCUAUAUGCAAAGAAAUCAAAGCACUCAACGGAACUGCCGGUACUAACCAUUGUGUUUGGAGUAUCCACCGCGGGGCUUUUGAAAGUGAAAAAGGACUGUGGCAUCACAACGGCCAGCAGCAGGAUGAGUGUCUGGUCACAAUCCUGGAGAAGGUGGGCAAGUGCUGGGUUCCAAUUAGCACCUUCUCGGACCUCUCCGGCAAGGAGGAGCCCGAGACGACUAAUGUAGAGGUCGAGGUUGCAUUCAACGUCAAGGAUCAGUUCAAUGACAUUCGCGAGCAGACUGUCCAGUCGUUCUCAAUGACCUUGGACGGGUCUUUCAAUGAGUUUGAUGCGUGCGUCGAUCCGGCGACCCUGGCAGCUGGUCCCCUAUGCCCAGCCUCUCAGCAGUGUGUCAGUCUACCCGGUGGCAGCCAUCAGUGCGUGUGCUCUAUCGCUACGAUGCAAGCCAACCCGACGACAGGCGCUUGUGAAUGUCCUGAAGGCAAGCAGCGCGGUGACGAUGACUACUGCUACGACGUGAUCGAGUGCCCCAAGGGAGAACGCGUCGUACUAGACGUUGCCACAAUGUCGUCCGAAUGUGUUGCGUGUGAUGAGGGUUGUCUCGAGUGUGAUGCCAGCAACAACUGCCUGGAAACUGUCCCAGUACCAUGCGACGCAAACUGUGCGACUUGCGACUCUACUGGGGUAUGUACUAAGCUGGCUCCGGAGGCAUGUCCCUUUGGUUGCGACGAGUGCACCUUGGAUGGUAUCACCUGUACCAAGCGCACAAGGGGUUACUACGUUAACCAGGAUUUCGAAUUUGAGUGCAGAAACGACGGUACAACUGCGGCCGAAUAUCUCAAAUGUAAAUUCCAAUCAGACAUUUCGGUAUUCAACAAGGGCUCCGACAAGAAGUUGUGCUCGGAGAAGUUUGGUGCCGAUUGCACGCAUUGCAACUACAAGUUCUGCAUGGAGCGCCGGGGAGAGAAUUUUGUCGACUUCCCAAGUUUGGAUCACUACCAGACUGGGUACUUCCUUGAGAUAUUUCCCGAGAGAAGCAACGACAUCGGCUCCUCCAGUACUGACCUCUGCUAUGGAGACAAUUACAUAUAUGCACAAGAUGCCCCGGAAUUUAACAUCAAGGGUGUGGUAUCAUGGCAAGCAGCUUGCGAUGGUAAAAAUAUAACUAACAGAGCGUUCGAAACUGUGCUGCAGGACUACCGCUCGCUACCAGGAACAACAAGGCGCAAAACUCAGAAAGUCGGACUCGUCUACAGUGUCGUUGGUGAGAUAGGUCAAGGGGCAAUUAUCGUUACGAAUCUGGAAGAUAUUGAUCUCGCCAGAGAUUGGAUAAAGAUGACCAGCGAAACCGGCACGUGGGUACCUUUAUUGAUGAACAACAACACGUAUACGUGCGACGAGCUGAUAGGCCCUGGCUGUGCGCAGUGCAGAACAGGUUAUAAAGCGUGGGAGGAAUACAACUUUCCAUACUACGAAUGCUCCGAGUGGAACGAAGGAGUCCAGCCCUACCAACGUAGCCAGGCUGAACAUAUCGAGUAUGACCACUAUCUCGCUCCCACUCAUCCGUUGAAGGAAGCUACAUACUGGGUGGAACGAUUAGCUCUUGAAAACUCUUAUCAGUGUGCCGAACUAUUCCGUGACGCCGAUAAUAUAUAUAGGUACACAGACAAAGUAACGCCUCGGGCGGCCGCACUGGGUGCAAAAAAUACGGAUCCCUUCCGUGAGCAGGGACCGUAUGAUCAAUGGCUCAUGUACGAGGGCUGCAACAAAUGCGACAGAAAAUCCCGAACGUGUACCGAAUGGAAGUGCCCCUUCAGGAGUCAGAAGGUAUUGAACUACACUGCAGAUAGACGCAAAUCGCAGUUCGCGGAACACAGGGAUUACUACGAGGAACUCAUCAAGUGGGGCACUGACCCUGUACUUAGCGAUCCAUCUCUAGAACUGGACCAGAUCGACUAUGACAGAUUUGAGAAGCAGUUCAGUUCAUGCGAGUGCAAUGUCGCCGACGGAUACGCGGUUAUCGACUACAUUGAAGAAUUCUUCCUCGGUACGGGCAUACAAAGAACCUGGGGUAAUCUCGGCACUGCUCACCAGGAAUGGAAUAAUUGGGGUUAUUGGGGCGGAUAUUCUCUACAAAUGGAGUGGUACUACUCAGACAUAGACUAUGCAGCGAUGGCUUCCCGUAUGUGCCGAGCCAAUGUGCUUCGCACAGUACACCCUGAUACUGCUGUGGCAACCAUGAGCAGCUACACCGCGUCGGGGUCGACUCUGAACGGUAAUGCCAGUAUGGCCUUCAAGGGCGCAGUAGGUCUCAAGGACAUCGGAGACGAGGUCCACGGUCCUAUCAACAUUCCUAUCGAUACCUGCGCUAAAACUGGCGUGAUCAGUAAUGUGGCGACCGCCACUGACGGAGAGCUCAAUCCCUGGUGGAAGGUGGAGCUGCCUGAAGCGUACAACAUCUAUGCGGUGCGAAUUUUCAACCAAGAUUCUGACAAUUUAGAUGCCAUGAACAAUGUGACCAUCACCAUCUCCAACUCCACGACCGGCGAAAUCACACACGAUUGCGUACCCUACAAGAACUACAGGGAAAUAAAGUACGAGUCCGCUAGCCCAUUGUGGGCACCGACCGAUGGUUACUUUGCUCCCCCAUUGCCGGAUUCGUACAAAUACAACAAGAUGGCGAAAACAGGAGCAGUGCCUGUCGACGACGGUCUAGACGCAAUGAACUUCAACCAAAGUCGGUACUAUUUCAGUGAAGAAACCGAGACGUACAAGGAGAAGAACAUUGGGCCUGGGUGGAACAUCAAAGAUAAGUAUGUGAACCUUAAGCGGCCGGAUCACUUUAAGGGACGUCGCGGAGUCAUCGAUACAGAAACGCACAAGGACAGCUUCAACCCAAGCAUCAAGGCCUUCUGCUGGCCGCGAUGGCCGCUAGACUACACUAAGGCGUGGGGAGUACAAAGAAGCAUAUACAAUGCAGCCAAGGGCAAUGUGAUCACGGUUACACAGCACAACGAGGCCCGUGACAGGGCCACUGCCGAUCCCGAGGAGUAUCGUAUCACGCUCUGCGACGUGGGCGUCUACACGUGGGACGAUGACAAGGUGGUCUACGACGACGACGGAGAAGCCGAACCACUCAAUGUGCCCGUACCAGGCUAUAACUACAACUGGCAGUAA